GCUGUGGUGUCCAUAAAGCCUGAUACACACGUGUUCAUUGGAGAGACUGUUACUCUCAGAUGUGACAUACAGGGAGGAGGAGACACUCGCCGGUUAUACAGCUGGUAUAUGAAUAACUGGUUCUAUCGAUAUGGAGACUUGUUAUCUUUCAGGGUUAAUUCAAAUUCUGACAUAGAUUACUACACCUGCGUAGACGACUAUACAAAGAUAGAGAGUGCUGCUGUUAGACUGACUGUAUCAGCAAAACCCAAACCGACUGUGAGAGUGAAUCCUCAGAGCUCCAUCUACACUGGAGACACCGUCACUCUGACCUGUGAGCUGAAGCAGGGCACUGGAUGGGAGUUUCUCUGGUACAAAAAUAAUCAGCAGUUACAGCGUUUGAGUUCUGACCCAGUAAACACCAACACACUCCCUGUGACAGUGAAUAAUACAGGAGACACAGUGUAUAAGUGUGUAGCACGCAGGUAUAACACCUGGGCAGACACACACUACUACACAGAGUACAGCAAUAAAGUCACGAUUAUUGCAAAAGCAAAACCCAAACCGACUAUGAGAGUGAAUCCUCAGAGCUCCAUCUACACUGGAGACACCGUCACUCUGACCUGUGAGCUGCAGAAGUCCACUGGAUGGGAGUUUCUCUGGUACAUAAAUAAUCAGCCGUUAAAACAUUCAAGCACUGAACCAGUAAACACCAACACACUCCCAGUGACAGUGAAUAAUACAGGAGAGACAGUGUAUAAGUGCAGAGCACGCAGAGAUAAGGCCUGGGCAGCGAAAGAGUCCUACACAGAGUACAGCGAUGAAGUCACCAUUACUGCAACAGAGAGACCAGAGGCAGUACUGAGUGUAUCUCCACAGAGCUGGCUGACUGAAGGAGACUCAGUGACUCUAAACUGUGAGGUUACAGACUCCUCUACAAACUGGACAUUCAGCUGGUACAAUGUGGUUCCCUCCAGACAUGGCGCGACUCAAAUAAUAACCAAUCAUAGCUCUAUCAUGUAUGUGGAGCUCCUCUCAGACAGCAGCAGAGGAUCUGGAGGCUCCUACACUCUCAGUCCUGCUGCUCUUAAACACACAGGAGUUUAUGUGUGUAGAGGAGAGAGAGGAGAACCAGCCUUACACACACAGUACAGCAAUCUACAGACACUAUGGAUCACUGGUGAAUCUCCUCCAGUCUCUCUGAUCAUCAAUCCCAACAGAACUCAACACUUUACUAAAGACUCUCUCUCACUGAGCUGUGAGGACCAGAGUAACUCUACUGGAUGGACAGUGAGACGAUACACACACAGUGAGGGAGUGUUAGAUUGUUCACAGUGGGGAUCAGUUACAGGAUCUACAUGUAAAAUCAGCUCCCUCAACACAUCCUACACUGGAGUUUACUGGUGUGAGUCUGAAUCUGGAGAAAACAGUAAUCCUGUCAACAUCACAGUGCAUGGUUGGGAAAGAGCUAAGGAUGGGUCAGUAGGAUUGUCUGUGGGACUGAGUUUGUUCUUUAUCCUCAUUGUUUUUCUCAUCUUAAUGAUCCUCCUCUGGUACUGCAAAAUAAAGAAAGAAAAGCUGCAGAAACUCAAUCAGACAUCAGAGCAGAAUCAGAGCCGGUCAGGAGCUGAAGACUCUCAGUCAGGACACACACCACCUCAGGCUGGAACUGAACACAUUUAUGCCUCUGUGGAUCAGGCGGAUAUGAGUGGAACAGGUGAAGCUGCAGCUGAGAGCAAUGAAGCCAUUUACUCACUGGUCACAAAUAAACAGAAGAAAAACAGGAACAAUGGUGCUGAUGCUGACAACAUUUGUGAUGUGAUGUAUGCUGAGCUUGAACUAAAACCAAUAAAAAAGAAAAAGAGAGUAGAAGAGAAUGUCAGUGUGGGUGAUGAGACUGUAUACUCAGAGCUGCAGAAGAAGUGACCCAUUUGUCUGUACACUGAUGAAUCUACAGUUAUCAACCAGAUAACUAAAGACCUAGGAAUUGAAUUUGUCCUUCAUUUUUCCUGAAACUCCCAGCUGUGAAACCUUACAAUUGCUAUGUUUUAAGUUCUAAUGAUGUGAGAUCUGGCAGCUGAAGGAUCUGAGGUUUUUCUCACCGUAAAACAUUCAGAAAUAGCAGGAACUUCACCACCAAUCAGUUUUCUUGACAUUAUCAGGAAGGUAUCCCAGGAGUCUGACUCGCAUAAUAGGCUUUACUGACUACAGUGCUUCACUCAGAUACUCCUUAUUUUUCGAGACCCAACACCAGGCAACCAAAUGAUGGAGAUUUAACAGAUAUUCCCAGGACAAUUUGUUACCCAUCUUUAGUUUUAGGUCUUAUCCCGUCGGUGCUUGGACUGCAUCUGGAUAUUCUGUUUAUUCUACAGCUGGACAUCAUGUUGUCCUACGUGUUGAGACUAAAACAGAAUGGUUUGAUUGAUAAAAUUUUACAGCUCUGCAAAAUAAAAGACUAAAUUAAAUACAUACAGUUUUAGAUGAGCAGAACCUUCUCUUGGAUUACUAGUAUGAACACUCUAGUCAAUUAGUUGAGAACGUCUAGACGGGACGAUUGCAAGUAUAACAGGCUGUGAUGUUGUCUCUUUAAGAAAGCUUCAGUUUGUGUUGUAUUAUAUCCCAAAUUAUAAAAUAGUGUUUUAGAAUAUGCAACAUUUUAAAUUCUUUAUGUUUGGCUAUUUAUUGUCCAUAUAUGUAUUUUUAAAUACCCUUCAUAUGUAGGAGCAGCAUAUGUUUAUAAUUAAUUCAUUAUAGCUUUUUUACAGCUAUAUUUUUUAGGUUGCAAGUUCACUUUUCAUUUUUUAGAAAUGUCUUAAAUUAACAUUGCUUUAUGUGAAACAAACAAUAGAAUGAAUGGUGAAAACGGUUAUCCCCCUAUCAUAUCAAUU